CAGGAGACGCCCGUACUCAAGCUAGGGAUAGGCGCCCAUAAGUGUCCUCAUUCCCUUCCUGUUACCUCAACUUGACAUGUCCGGAUAAUGGAAGAUUGGACAUGUGUUGAUUGCUACUGUUUUUGUAUCCUGAAAUUCGUUUCUUAUCACAGCAUGUGCGUUCUGGGUCGUGCACUCUGAGUCGAAAGAUGCUUCUGCAUCGAUGUGUCUUAUUUUAAAUGUUGACACGAGGUACUAGUCAAGGCAAUAUAAGGAGGUAGAACGACAUGGGCACACCGCUACUCUGCUGCGCCUUUACACCAUGGACGCGAAGAACGUUAUCCUUGACAUAAGGAAUAGGUACAAAGUCGAUGAGGAUUUGCCAUCCGAUUUGCUGGAAAUCACGGAGCAGGCACUUGAGUUGCUGUCUGAGCAGCUAUACAGCACAGACACGCAUUUUAUCAUGGAGUUCGUCCAGAAUGCAGAUGACAACGAGUACGAAAAGGGUAUAGAACCAACACUACGCAUACUUGCGGAUAAGACUAGCAUGACGCUGUCUUGUAAUGAGAAGGGGUUCUACGAGAAGAAUGUACGCGCCAUAUGCAAAAUUGGUGGUAGUACGAAAAAGAAUAAUCCAGGAUUCAUUGGUGAGAAGGGAAUAGGGUUCAAGUCUGUCUUCAAAGUCGCGGAUAUAGUGAAUGUCGCCUCUGGACCCUUUACCUUCAAGUUUGAUCGGUCGAAGCGACUCGGAAUGAUCACACCUAUAUGGGACCCCUCAGUUGUUGCGGACCAUGGCUGGACGACUUUCUACCUGGAUCUCUCGCGGUCUCCUGGUUCCGGUACUGCUAUCGGAGUUAAGCUCGACGAAAUCAAGCCUUCGUUACUGCUUUUCCUGAGAAAGCUUCGAGCAAUUGAAGUCGACAUUAGGACUGGUAGUCCUCGGCAGGUCGAGAUCAAGCGUAGAGAUCUUAAUUCCGAUUUAGUCCAGCUCACUCGUAUUGCCAACGGGACUAUUCUCAAUAAGAAUACUUAUUUCGUGGUGCGACAAUGUGUCGACAUGUCUAGUGUGCGUGAUGACAGGCGGAAAGACAUUAAAGAGACAGAGGUUGUGCUUGCGUUCCCGGUCGAUGAUGAACACCUGCCUCAAAUUUUCGCACAAGACGUUCACGCUUUCUUGCCAGUGCGGGAUUUCGGCUUUAAAUUUGUUAUCAACGGAGAUUUUCUUACAUCCUCGAGUAGGGAAGAUGUGCUCCACGAUUCACCUUGGAACCAGAAUAUCCGUAGGGCUAUCAUACAGACUUUCAUCACAGCUGUCAGAGCAUUCCAAACGCAGGGUACUUUGCAAGACCUUUGGAUUCGCUUCUUGCCAUCAGGGAUUGUCGGUUCUUUCUUCAAGGCUGUUGAACGUGAUCUCCUUAGGGAUCUUCGAGAAAUGAAUGUUGUACGAGAUAGCAGUGGUGCUGUCCGACGGCCAUGCCAAGUUCUGUCUGUUCCAUCGACAUUUCGCUAUGAUUUCACACCACUGGUCCCAGCAAGGUUCAUGGAGCGAUCCGGCUUUUAUUAUCUAUCAGAUAAUUACGACAUGUUGGCUGACGGUCCUAUUCUUAAGCAGCUGGGGGUACGUGAAAUGACUGUAGAUGACCUUCUGACCGGUCUCCAAGCCAUGUCUUCGAAUCACUUUAUGGCGCACAAUAACAGGUGGCAUGAUGCUGUCUGCUCGCAAUUAUUACAUGUUGCGAAACGAAACAAGAAACUCCAGGGGCUUAAGAUUCUGCCCCUUGACGAUGGAUCGUGGGCGGCUACGCAUAAAGCUGGCAACUUCGUCUUCGAUUGCGACAUGCAAGGAAUACCAGCCCAUAUUGACUUGCGCCGGAUCCAUUCCUGUGUCUGCCCGUCUUCAUCACCCACACGACAUACACUUUUCCGUCACCUUGGAGUGGGCCAGGCUGAUCCAGUCUUCAUAGCAGAGAAGAUACUCAGCUAUCAGGGACGUCUGCCAGUCCAGGCACACAUCACGAACGCAAAAUUCUUCUUUAUGUACCAUUAUUCAAACCUACCAUCUCCAGCUGGACGUCUCAGAUUUGCUGAUGAGCAAGGGAAUACGGAUACUAGUGAUGUACUUUAUCUGGACUUACCCAGCGAUCAGGGCAGAUUACGGCAAGCCCUGCCAUCUUCUGCUCGAUUCAUCCAUCCUGAAUAUAUGCUCCAAUAUUGUGCGAAGGAACGAGACGAAUGGCUUUCCUGGCUUCAAUCCUCAGUUCGACUCAACCUAGCUCCUCGCAUUGUAAACGAUUGCCUUUCUCCAGAAUUCGAAGAAAUGUCACAACGGUUGAGCUUGAGCGAGUUCUUGGACGCCCUCAGAUAUUUUUGGCCUCGAUUGUCAACGAAAUCGCCGUUCUCUUGGUUGGGCAAACUGGGGUCCAUGACUGUCAAAAUGGAUAAUAAUAGUGAUUACAGGUUGAACUCCACCUUCCUGAAGCGCAGAGUUUUGGCUCAGCAUCCUGAGUUACCUUUCCUACCGGUAUCCGAUCCCGAAUCUCGGGGUUGGGACUUUCUUGGUCGAGUCGGAGUAACAAUCGCGGCAGAUACCUCAUUCUACGUCAAAUUGCUUAUUCAUCACCAACUCCAGGGACUAGACGACCAGAAAACCAUUAAGAACAUCUACAAGCAACUUGACGCUCGUUUCUACGAAGACACAGAACGGAUCCGGGACGCAUUUAACCGCCACCCUCUUGUCUUUGCCGCCAACUUUAGCAACUCGAGCAAGGGACAGGCUGUAGCCUGGCUGAAUCUGUCGGAAGUUUAUUGGGACGGUCCAUCAUCCAUGACGUCCAAAAUUGCACUACGUUCACUAUAUCCCGACUUAAGGGAGUUCUUCCAGGAGAAGCUUGGUUUACCGAAUGCGCCACCCGAAGUUCUUGUUGAUGAACUGAAGACCAUUUCUAGGGAGUGGUUGGAUAAGGCCAUAACGAACGAUGUGCAUCGGCUGGUAACUUUCAUGCUGAUCGACCUUGCAAGGUUGCUGAAGGCCAAUCGAUUGGAUUACAAUAACGUACACCAUUUAUUGCAAGAGUCCAUGAUCUUCCCAUCCACUAGCUCACUGCCCGGAAUCAAGCUGCAGAAACUUGCAGACAUUUUUAUUCCGGACCAUUCGGGCUUUUACACCGGUCUCUUUCGGGGCAAGGCUCCUAUCUUGGAGCUGGCGUCCUCGGAAAAGGGAGCUGAGCUGGCAAGGAUCACAUAUCUGUUGGAGCUGGCGAAAUCUGAGGGUUUGGCACGUUAUCUGCAAUGCUCCCUCGACCAUCAAGUGGUGUCCAUCGGGGAUCGUGAACUCGAUGAGCAACUCACUGCUGCAUAUACUAGCAAAUACAGGUUUUUCGAAAGGUUGGUCUAUAGUACAUCCUUGCAACAACCUUCGCAAUAUCAACUUGAAGGGCUUUCCAAGGUGCAAGAGAUGCGCAUCUACAUGGUCAAUAGCAUUACCUCUACGUUCACUCUGGACAAUGUUGCUCCCAUUACUACCGACUCCGAGCUAUUGCACGUUGACGAAGAAGACUCUUUUAUACGUGUCCUCAUCAGCAGAAAGGCUUGCAAUGGCCUAGGAGCUUCCAGUCGAGCACACCGCAGUGUAUGCAAGCGUUUAAGUGGAUUACUUAAUUGCAAGUAUGAGAAGCUUCUGCUCUGCAUGAAACUGGAAGCUUUCGAUCUAGACGAAUACUUCCAAGAAGAAGGCAUUGACAAAGUUACCUCCGAUGCAGCCCAAGACAACGAUUCAUGGAUGACCUCCAACCCGACUCGUGUUGUGUCAACAUCCAAGGCAGUCAAGUCUCUGGUCAAACAGAGCAAUCGUUAUCAACCCACCAAAACUACUGGACUAUCUAUGGAAGUAAAUAAUGUAGCAUUCGAGCGCUCAAUACAGGGGCAAGAUAUACAGAAGGAGAUAGAUGAUAUUCUGGGAUGUUUUUCUGAAUUGUCGAUUUCGUCUGCCCGUGUUGUUGGCCUAAGGCCUUCCUCAAUGCAUGCAUUGCAAAGUACUUCCGAAUAUGUUUCGACAGAGUCUUGCCAGUUAGCCGCGCAUGUGUCUAACAAGGUUGUGGCAAGUGUACAGAAUUCAAGGAGUUCACUUCCAGUUACAUCCGGGACUUCCGAAUCAACCAGAAAUCUCGAUUUGUCUACAGACGCGUCUCAUUCCAUACUGUUUGAGUCUAUCGGUGGAUCGAGUUCACCGUUGAGGAUGUUCUUGUCUCCUGAGCCGUCACAGUUCCAACAGAUGAACGGCGUCCUUGGAGAACGAUAUGUAUAUGAGCUGCUUUUGAAUAUGAUCGGUCCCACAUUUGGUCCUGAUAAUUGGACUAGCGAACUUCGCGGUCUUAACCCUGGAUUCGAUGGAUUUGAAGGACCGAGCAUUGCAGAUUUUAGAUUUGAAGACCAAUAUGGAAUCUUGACAGAGCUUCUAUUCAAGGGCGAACCUGAGAUGUUUAGUGAAGAAUGGUAUCCUACAUAUCAUAUUGAAGUGAAAUCGACAUCAAGUGGUUCACAUGAGCCAUUCCAUCUGAGUAAACGACAGUUUGAUACGGCCUUGAGGUACUCACGUAUUGCGAAUGGGAAUAAAUUCAUGCGAGACAUUUAUGUGAUCAUACGUGUCUGGAACAUCAGGAGACCAACGGCGAAUAAUUAUGCAAUAUACGUGGACCCGCUUUGUUGCAUGCUAGACGGUCGUCUGAAGGUUGUGUCUAAUCUUGAGAUGAUGAUGGGCGAUGAUUAGUACAGUGUCAUAGUGAAGUCUUUUUUGUUACGGAGAUGCAAUU